AUGGGCAAGGUCAACACCAUCCUCUUCGAUUGCGACAACACUCUCGUCCUCUCGGAGGAGGUCGCCUUCGAAGGCUGCGCAGAACUGAUCAACCAGAUCGCCGCCUCCAAGAACGUCCCGCUCGAGAAGCCCUUCACGGGCGAAUCCCUCAUCGUCGAGUUCGUCGGCCAGAACUUCCGGGGCAUGCUGCGCUCGCUGCAGGAGCGGUACGGCUUCCCGCUCACGGACGAGGAACUGGAGACGUACGUGAAGAAGGAAGAGGACGUUGUGAUCGCCAAGAUACAGGAGAAGCUGUCUCCCUGCCCCAACGUCGACGGCGUGCUUGAGCGCCUGGCGGCCGAGGGCAAGUACGAGCUUGCGGUCGUGAGCAGCUCGGCGCUGCGCCGCGUCAAGGCCAGCAUCGAGAAGGUCGGCCAGGACAAGUACUUUGGCGACAGGGUGUUCAGCGCGGCCACGAGCCUGGAGAAGCCGACGAGCAAGCCCGACCCGGCCAUCUACCUGCACGCCCUCAAGGUGCUGGGCAAGAAGGCGGAGGAGUGCGUGGCUGUGGAGGACAGCAAGAGCGGGACGCUGAGCGCGGCGAGGGCCGGGAUCAAGGUCAUUGGUUAUGUUGGACCCUACAAGGCCGAGGAACGACUUAAGAUGGAGAAGGUCCUGGCGCAGGCGGGUGCGUCCAUUAUCAUGAAUGAUUGGAACCAGUUUGAGGGGUUUUUGGCGGCGAUAGAGAAGGGCGACUAUUAG